AUGGGUAAUUGCUUAGAUUCAUCAGCAAAAGUGGAUAGUAGCAGCCAUAGCCCACAUGCUAAUUCUGCUUCUUCGGCAUCGAAAGUUUCGAGCAAGACAAGCCGUUCGACGAUUCCUUCAGGACAAAUCACAAGUUCUUACAGCACAGAGAGCAGUUUAGGAUCAUUACCAACGCUUAGAACAGAAGGAGAGAUACUUUCAUCGCCAAAUCUAAAAGCUUUCUCUUUCAACGAACUCAAGAACGCAACUAAGAACUUUCGUCCUGAUAGUCUACUAGGCGAAGGAGGUUUCGGCUGUGUAUUCAAAGGAUGGAUUGACGAAACAACUCUCAAUGCUUCAAGGCCUGGUUCUGGAAUCGUUGUUGCUGUUAAGAAGCUUAAGCCUGAAGGUUUCCAAGGUGGUGCGCAGCCACUUACAUGGGCGAUAAGGAUGAAAGUGGCGGUAGGUGCAGCUAAAGGGCUAACUUUUCUUCACGAAUCAAAGUCACAAGUGAUAUACAGAGACUUCAAAGCUGCUAACAUUCUACUCGACGCUGAGUUCAAUGCUAAGCUUUCGGAUUUCGGUUUGGCGAAAGCAGGUCCCACUGGAGAUAACACACAUGUGUCCACAAAGGUCAUGGGUACUCAGGGAUAUGCAGCUCCUGAAUAUAUCGCCACAGGCGGCCAAUAUCCACAAAAGGGAGCUUUCGCAGCUGCUAGUCUUGCGUUGCAGUGCUUAAACCCUGAGGCAAAGCUCAGGCCUAAAAUGUCAGAGGUUUUAGUCAUAUUAGAACAGCUAGAAUCCGCUGCUAAACCUGGAGGCAAACACACGCAGAUGGAGUCUCCAAGAGCUCGUCAUUCCUCUUCUGUGCAGAAAUCUCCGGUACGAUAUAGUCAAGAUCGGCCUCUGCUGCACAUGACUCCUGGUGCAUCGCCUUUGCCUUCUUACAAUCAAUCUCCGCGUGUAAGAUAA